GAAGGCAGCGGUGGGGCUGGGCCGUCGAAGUUGGGACAAUCUACGGGGUUUUCUGUCGCUAAAGAGUCGACGACAAAAAGGACAUGUACACUGCUAAUAUGUACACAGAGCUAUUUUCGUGUCUUUUAGCGGAGUAAGGAGGAUACACGUACCCAUUUUUUCUACUUGUAUGAUAAGUUUGAUAUAUUUCAAAAGACAUUUGUAGCUAAACUAAAAAAAGAAACACCCUCCAUUUUCGAACUGAGGAUGAUUUUUGCUAAUACUGGAAACCCACUAAGGACCCCAUAUCGCAAACAGCCACCUGUUGCCCCAUCGUCACACCCCAUGGCUCCACCCAGCCCGAGCACCAACAGCAGCACCAACAACAGCAGCAGCAGUAGCACUGCAGGCUGUGACCAACUCAGCAAAACAAACCUCUACAUCCGAGGCCUGUCCCCGUCAACCACAGAUCAUGACCUGGUCAAGCUCUGUCAGCCGUAUGGCAAAAUUGUAUCAACAAAGGCCAUCCUGGACAAGACUACAAACAAAUGUAAAGGAUAUGGCUUUGUGGAUUUCGACAGCCCUGCUGCAGCUCAGAAAGCCGUGGCUGCCUUGAAGACUACUGGCGUCCAAGCUCAGAUGGCAAAGACAUUGACACAGGGAAGCAGACACAUGCCAACCCCAUUUACAAAGCAACAAGAGCAAGACCCCACAAACUUGUAUAUCUCCAAUCUGCCUCUGUCUAUGGAUGAGCAAGAGCUAGAGAAUAUGUUGAAGCACUUUGGCCAGGUCAUAUCCACACGCGUCCUGAGGGACUCCAGUGGAGCCAGCAGAGGAGUGGGCUUUGCCAGGAUGGAGUCAACUGAAAAAUGUGAUGCCGUCAUUUCUCACUUCAAUGGAAAGUUCAUCAAGAUCCCAGCAGGCGUUCCAGCUCCCUCUGAACCCUUGCUGUGCAAGUUUGCUGACGGAGGGCAGAAAAAGAGACAAAGUCUGAGUAAAUUUGGCCAGAAUGGGCGAGGCUGGUUAAGGGACAGUGACUCAAGACUGGCUGGAAUGACGCUCACAUAUGACCCCAGUGCAGCUGCUAUGCAAAAUGGAUUUUUCCCACCAGCAUAUAGUAUUUCAAACAGGAUGAUUGCUCAAACGUCCAUGUCUCCUUAUAUGUCUCCUGUUUCUACAUACCAGGUGCAGAAUCCAUCCUGGGUGCCUCAGCAACAGUACAUCAUGCAGCACCCAGGUACAGUGCUAUCGCCCUCCAUGGACCCAUCUAUGUCACUGCAGCCUACUUCCAUGAUGUCCCCCCUCACACAGCAGAUGACUCACCUGUCUCUGGGUAGCGCAGGAACGUUCAUGGCUGCCAACACAGCUAUGCAAGGAGCGUAUAUCCCACAGUAUGCACACAUGCAGACAAGUUCAGUCCCUGUGGAGGAUAACGGCGCACAGUCACAAAUGGACUCAUCCAGGAAUCACUCCCCAUAUUCAUACCAACAAACCAAGUAGUGUUGCGGUAACUCCUGAACGACGACAGCUGAAGCAAUCGCGUCAUGAACAAAAUGGGCGCUAAGGAUCUUUUCACUGUUUUGCACAGGUUCUGCAAAUAUUUAAGUGAGACUUAUAUUUUUGGCAUAAUUUUCAAAGGAAAUCAUCAAAUUAGUCAAAUUAUAUUUAAAAAAAAAAAAAAAAAAAAAAAAGGUUUAUUUUGAUACUUCUAUGUUUAUUGUUUACCAAGAAUUGCUGCAAGAAACAUGUGACAAGUUGUUUAAAGUGCAUGGUAGUCAAUAUGUCAUUUGUUAAUAUUUUCUCUUUCUUUUCUGAAGACUUUUUUUUGAACAUUGUGUUUGUGUGCUUGCCGUGUGUUGCUAUGACAAAUAUUCAUUGUUGUUGUUGGUUUGUUUUUGUUUUUUCUUGUAAAGUGAGUUCUCUUAGAACUUUAGAUUGAUCUUGCUGUCUGAUUAAAAUUGCCUUAAUAGUUUUCAUACAGUCACUGUACAGACCACCACACAGAGUGACAAUAUGAGCAAAGCGGUUUCAUUCACACUCUGAAAAUUGAAAACAAUGAAACCUGUGUUUCGGUCUUUUCCCUCCCAGAACUGCUAAAAACAUUGGAGUCAUUUUAGAGGAGUGUUUUGAAUAAAACUACUACAUCUGAUAGAUUUAUUAGAUGUAAUGUUUAUUCAGUACAAAAUGCCCGGCUUGUUUCUGGAUGAAAAUGUACUAAAUAAUCACAUUUUGAAUAGUUGCCUUUUUUUGAACAGUUGGUGUAGUUGGAAUAGUUUAGAUUUAUUAUUGGGGGGAGGGAUGAGACGUGUACUUUGUCUGUUGGUCGUGCUUUUGUCUUUUGGAGUGAUGUUAAUUGUUGUUGUUUUUUAAUGGGAUGUGUCUUUUUCAAUUUUAUUUGACAAAAAAAAAAACUAACAGGUAAACAGACUCAUGAUUGUGCAAAAAAACAACAACCUUGUAACAAAAUUGAGGCGGGGGUAAAAUGAGAUAAAGAUAUGUACAGUAUUUUAUUGCACCUCGCUCUUUGAUAGGAAACAAAAACGUGGCACUUUCAAUUGUAGUUUGCUUCACCAAAGAUUGUGACACUGAGGAAACAGCAUCAUUUGUCUCUGAAACCAGGACACAAGUGACUCUGCAGACUAAAUUGCAGUUUGAACAGUGUGCCUUUUUUUUUGUACAUUUUCAUUCAGUUUUCAAAGCUAUUAGUACAAAACACACCCACACACACACAUGAAGGAAUGCCUGGAUCAACAAGUGCCACAGAAUGUCAUACCAAAAGAAAU